UUCGCGGCGGGAAUAUUAACCUAUCACAAUUUACUUUUGUUGUUAAUCAUUGAAUAGUUUAUCAGUAUAUAUUGAACGAUUUUUAAUAAUGUUUAAACCUGGUUGUAUCAGAAAGAUUGAAGUUAAAAAUUUUGUUACGUAUUCUCACGUGGAACUAUAUCCUGGGCCCCAUUUAAAUAUGUUAAUUGGUCCCAAUGGUACUGGUAAAUCAACAGUGGUAGCAGCUAUAAUUUUAGGACUUGGUGGAAAUCCAAAAAUUGUUGGAAGAGGUAGUAAAGUUUCAGAAUAUGUCAAGCAUGGAUGUGACUCUUCCACAAUAAAUAUUUACUUAGAGAAUGAAGCAGAAAAUCAGUAUAUUAAAGUUACUCGAGAAUUUGAUGUUCGUGAAAGGACUGUUUGGAAACUGAAUAAUAGAAUAGUGAAAUUUGAAAAUGUAAUAGAAUGCAUACAAAACUUCAAUAUUCAGGUAAAUAAUCUUUGUCAGUUUUUGCCACAAGAUAGAGUUCAGGACUUUGCUAAAUUGAACAAACAAGAACUUUUGAUAGAAACUCAGAAAGCACUAUGUAAAUUUGAUUUAAUAGACAAACAAGAAAUGCUCAUUCUACAUAGAGCUUCUCAAAAAGAAAUCCUUGAAUCAAUUGAUUCAUAUCAGAAAAAGCUUCAAAAUGCCACCGAAUUUAAUUCCAGACUAGAAGGUCGAGUCCAGAGUUUCAAUAAGAAGAAAAAAUUUGCUGAGAAUAUUCAACAUAUUGAAAGAAAAAUUGCUUGGACUUCGUAUGAACAAAUAAGAGUUCAACUAUCAGAUAUAAAGGAGGAUCGAAAUAAGGCCCAAGAAGUAUAUGACAAAUAUAAAAAUGAUAUGAAACCAAUGGAAAGGGACAUCAAUGAAAAUAAGAAAAGUAUCACAGAACUACAACAAAGCAACUCUUCAAUUGCUCAGAUUAUAAGAAAUACAGAGUCAUCUAUCAAUAUGAAUUUGGAAAAAAUUGACACAGUGAAAGAUUCGAUUAGAAAAUUUAAUGAUGAUAUGAAUUCUAGACUAGCUGAAGUUGAACAGUGGGAUAGAGAAAUAGAGAACGCUUCUGCAAAAUUAGAAGAAAUGAGACAAUUAAAAAGUGAAAUGUUUGCUAAGUAUGCUUCUGUAAUCGAGAAUGUAAGACAAAGUCGUCUUCAGCACCUAGAAAGACUCAGUCCAGAUGCUCACGUGGCAGUGAAUUGGCUGAGAAAUAACAAACAUCUUUUUCGUGGUGAAAUCUACGAACCAAUUAUGUUGGAAGUGAAUGUUCUAGAAUCACGUCAUGCUAAGUAUGUUGAAAAUGUAAUACCGCUACGAGACCGUUUAGCUUUCACUUGUGUUUAUAAGGAUGAUAUGAACAAGCUCAUUAGAAGUUUGAGAGAAAGCCAGAAUUUGUCUGUCAAUGUUAUUCAUUCCGGGGAUUCAACCGAAGGAGUAGGCAAAUUUCAGCCUUCCAUUGCCAUUGAAUGUUUGAGAAAGUAUGGUUUUUAUACUUAUGUUAAUAAUUUAUUUACUGCGCCGGAUCCUAUCAUGCAUUAUUUGUGCAAAACCUAUCGUCUACAUGACAUUCCUUUGGGUGACCAAACAACUAAUGAUUUAUAUGAACAGGUGCCUCAGCAAAUAAGGAAGUUCUUCAGUGAUAAAUAUCGAUUCAGUAUAAGCUUUUCUAAAUACUCUGGAGAAAAAAGUACGAGACAAAUUGAAGUGUUUUCAGAUGGCGGACUGUCUCUCUCACUUGAUGUAGUCAAACUUGAUAAAUUGCGAGGGGAAAUACUAGAAAUCAGAAGAAACAUAGGGAAUUAUGACGCAAACUGUCAAACAUUAGAAAAACAGUUCGAUACCCUCAGCGAAAAAAUAAAUAUUGCGCGGGAAAAACUCAAGGACAUACAGCAGCAAAAACAAAACGCCCAGGCUAUAAGCGUGAGGGUAGAAAAUCUGCAAAAGAAACUUUUAGAAAUGAAUCAGUGUAAAAAGAGUCCAGAAAAUAUUAAAAAUGAAACGUCGCUGAAGAAAAAACAACUUCUCAGGAGUAUGCCGAGCAUUCAAGAUACGAUUAAAAAGGAAAUGUCAAAGUUAGUAGAGCACGUGAGAAAGAGUACGCUGACACUAAAGAAAAUUGAUAACAUACGUAAGAAAAUAGCUUAUUUAGAAAACCAGCUGAAUGAGAAUAAAAGACAAUGUCAGGAAGCCGAAGAAACGUUGAGUCUAGUCAAAGACCGGUACGCAGAAGUGAUGAGUCAAGCCAAAUCAAUGCUCAACAAAGCAAAAGGUAUGUCCAAAGGUUUCACACCGGCCGAUAGUGGUUUCGAUGAAUUCCGACCUCACUAUAAUUCCUUAUCAUCAGACAUCCAGGAGUUGAAUGCGCUUAACGAACAGCUCCAGUCGAGGAUAGCCUGUUUGAACGUGGCUGACGAUGAUGAAAUGAGGGAAUACGAAGAAAGGAUCAAUGAAAUUGGUAAUAUUACUGAAGAAAUUGAAAAGCUCAACUCCAAUUUGAAAAAAGUAACUGAAAAAAUCGAAGUGACAAAACAGGAGUGGUUGCCACCCUUGAAAACAUUAGUCUCAGAAAUAAAUUUGCAGUUUGCUACUGCUUUCGAAAGAAUGGGAUGCGCAGGUGAAAUAUCCGUGUGUACUGGAGAUAAUGAACAGGAUUUUUCUCAGUAUGGAAUUAGCAUAAAAGUUACUUAUCGUAGUGGGGAGCCAUUACAAGAAUUGAAUUCCAAUGUGCAGAGUGGAGGAGAAAGAGCUGUUGCUACAGCAGCUUUCAUGUUAUCUCUCCAGAAAUUGACCCCUGUUCCUUUCAGGUGUGUUGAUGAAAUUAAUCAAGGAAUGGAUGCAAACAAUGAACGAAGGAUAUUUGAGUUGAUUGUGGAAUCAACUUGUCAACAAACUUCCUCCCAGUAUUUUUUGAUAACACCAAAACUUGUACCCCAUUUGAAGUACUCACAGAACAUGUGUAUACACAUUGUUCAUAAUGGGCCUUUUGUGGCACAGGAUAAAAAAUGGGGAUUUUCAAAACUCUGUAACUACCAUUCCACCAAUAUUGGCUGAACGUGAUACAACAAAGUGAUAUUCGAAAAAUGUAUUUUUUAUAUAUAUUUUUAGGUAAUUUUGACUAUUUUGAUAAUAAAUGACCGAAUCAAA